AACCUCUAUCAGAAACAAUCUCUGAAGGAAUCCCAUUCUCAUAUCGAUGAGUUCAUUCUCUUGGGCUUCACAAACUUCUCCAUAAAGCUCCAGCUAUUUCUAUUCAUUCUUUUUGUCCUCAUCUACAUCUUCACUUUAUUGGGCAAUUUCACAAUUGUCUCAGUUACUACUCUGGACUCCCUACUCCACACCCCUAUGUAUUACUUUCUCCGCAACCUUUCUUUCCUUGAAAUCUGCUACAUUACAGUAACCUUACCAAAGCUGCUCCACACCUUUGUUGCCAUGAGGAAAACCAUCUCCUUCUACGGAUGCUGCAUGCAGAUGUAUUGCUUCUUCACUCUUGGUGUCACAGAAUGCUUUCUUCUCUCUGUUAUGGCUUAUGACCGCUAUGCAGCCAUCUGCAACCCCUUGAGGUAUUUUUCUGUUAUGAGUAAAACUACUUGCCUAAAGUUAGCUGCUGUCUCAUGGAUCGCUGGUAAUCUCAUCUCCCUUGGACAGACUGCCUCCAUUUUUAGCCUUCCAUUUUGUGGUCCAAAUGUCAUUAACCACUUUUUCUGUGACAUCCCUCCAGUGCUCAAGCUGGCCUGCACUGAUGUUUCUGCUAACGAGAUUUCUGUUUCAGUGAAUGCCUUUCUGGUACUUCCUUUGCCAUUUUCCCUCGUGAUUUAUUCCUAUGGGCGCAUCAUUGCAGCUAUCCUUCGCAUAAGCACCAACACAGGUCGCAAGAAAGUUUUCUCCACUUGUGCCUCACACUUUGUCUCUGUUACCUUGUUCUUUGGGACAGGAGCAUUCACUUAUGUUCGAGUGAAGACCAGUGAUAAACCUGAUAAUGACAAAUUGCUCUCUCUUCUCUACAGUGUGGUGACACCACUUCUAAAUCCAAUUAUAUAUGGCUUAAGAAACCAGGAGGUAAAAGGGGGAAUCCGAAAACUGCUGUAUCGUAAGACUGGAAGCAAUAAACUUUAA